AUGCCCACAGUGACACCAUUGCUGGCUCUAUAUCUUGGUUCCUUCUUGCUCACCCUUCUCUUAACCUCACUCCUUAACUUGGAUCCCAGGACUCAUCCCCUUCUGAGGACUCAUCCCCUUCUGAAGACGCAUUUACACCCAGCCUGGAAAAUGUAUCAACUCAGACGAUUCGCGACGGCCAUGCUCCGCUUGGCUAAAAUGGACGCAACGGGCGAGGGUGCUAAAGGGUCCGCCGGUCUGACCGUCACUGCCACGGCCCCCCCUGACCCUAAGGACAAGGCUGGUCGGCGAGACCAGCAGAAUGGUGAUGGCCAAAAGAACGGCUUGAAUGAUUUCCAGCGUCUCUGCGUCGACCUCGGACUCUCUGGCAAACUUGGCAGCAAGAACAAGUGCCGCAAGGUAUGCCAACCUCAGACCAGACAGAAGGGAACCGGUAUUGACUUAUGCCAGGAGAUCAAGAAUGUAAACGUCAAUAUCGGACAGUUUCUGAAGAGCAAGAACAAGCCCGGCGACGUCAAGUUCUUCGAGGACAAACGUGCCUUGGUCAAAUACACGAAAGAGACCAAUUCCUUUUACCCAAAGAAGCAACUCCCCAAGGGCGACUCGCUUAGAGCCUUGCUAAAGCAGUCACAUUAG